AACACUCCUCACCUGCUCCAGAAGAAUCUCCCACACCAUCAGAUCACACAGACAGUGAGAGAGUGUGUGUCUCUGUCUGCUCCAGGACCUCAUGUGAUCAUACUCAUACUGCAGUAUAAUGACUUCAGAGAGAACGACAGACACAGAGUGAAAUAUCUGCUGAACCUCUUCAGUGAGCAGGCCAUGAAACACACUAUAGUGCUGACUACUGAUGAAGAGCCACGCAGACUCAUGUCUCUGCCUUUUAAGAGCACAAAUAAUGCUAUUCAUGAUUUAAUAAAGGAGUGUGGAGGAGGACAUCUACAGUUUGAUACAGUAAACACUAGACGGCGCUCUGAGUUGUUCAGAAGAACAGAAGAGAUACUCAAGAAAGAACAUGAAGAAUUUCUCCUCUGUAACAUGUAUGAGGAUGGAGGUGAUGGAUCAUCAGUGGAUGGAGAUCUGAGCAGAUCUGGAGCUUCAGACAGAGAAGAAGAGAAAGAGAAGAAGGACUCUGAUCUCAAAGAGAGCACAAAAACAGCAAGUGAUGGAGGAGAUCCAGAGGGUGUGAAGCUGAAUCUGCUUGUGUGUGGGAGUAACAGAGAAUUGAAAUCCUUCAUAUCAAACCUGAUCCUGAAGCAGAGCGAGAGAAGAUCAGAGCUGAGCUCAGAGUGUGUGAGGAGAGACGUGGAGCUUGAUGGACAUCAGAUCAGUCUGGUGGAGCUUCCAGCUCUCAAUCAGCUCUCAGAGGAGGAAGUGACUCUCUGCUGUCUAUCUCUCUGUCAUCCUGGAGUUCAUGUUUUUCUCCUCAUUAUUCCUGAUGCUCCAAUUAAUAAUGAAGACAAAGCAGAAAUAGAGGAGAUCCAGAGGAUUUUCAGCUCAAGAAUCAACAAACACAUCAUGAUUCUCAUAAAGCAGAAUUCAGAGCCUCAGACAGAAGAACUCAAUGAAGAAACACAGUCUCUCAUUGAGAGACCUGGAGGACGACAUCAUUUCAUCGACCUGAACACACAAGUGUCUGCGCUGAUGGAGAAACUGGAGCAGAUGGUUGAGGAAAAUAGUGGUGUUUGUUUCUCCACAGAGACAUUGAUGGAGGCACAGAUGGAAAAACUGCAGAAAUUAGAAGAAAUGAAGAAGAGAGUCCAUUCAUUAGAGACGUGGUUUCAGUCACAAGGUUCAAGAGAAAGAGAAGAUGAACUGAGGAUUGUGCUGCUGGGAAAAACUGGAGCUGGGAAGAGUUCAACUGGAAACACCAUCUUAGGAAGAGAAGCAUUUAUAUCAGACUUUUCUGAAGAGUCUGUAACUAAAGUGUGUCAUCGAGAGAAAGCUGAAAUCAACGGCAGACACAUCACUGUAAUCGACACUCCAGGACUGUUUGAUACUGAACUCAGUACUGAAGAAAUACAGAGAGAAAUCAGCAACAGCAUCUCCAUGAUCCUGCCUGGACCACAUGUGUUUCUCUUACUGAUUCCACUCGGACGAUUCACUCAAGAAGAUAAAACAGCAGUGAAGAUCAUCCAAGAGACUUUUGGAGAAAACUCUUUAAAGUACACCAUAGUGCUGUUUACCAAUGGAGACAAACUGAAGAACAAAACCAUUGAUCAGUUUUUGGGAAAACCUGGAUCUGCUUUGAAUCAGCUGAUUAAAGUGUGUGGAAACAGAUUCCAUGUGUUCAAUAAUGAGACUGAAGACCGAACACAGGUGACUGAUCUACUGCAGAAGAUAGACAACAUGGUGAAAGAGAACGGAGAGAGUUACUACUCAUGUAAGAUGUUCAGAGAGAUGGAGAGAGAAAUACAAGAACAACAGAAGAACAUACUGAUGGAGAAAGUGGAGCAAGUGAACAGAGAAAAAGAAGAACUGAUGAAGAAACAUGAAGAAGAGAAAAAGAAGAUGAAGAUGAAGAUAGAGGAAGAACGACAGAAUCAUGAGAAAGAGAAAAAGAGAAGAGAAGAAGAAUUUAUUGAGAGAGAAGAACGAUAUAAAACAGAGAUAAAUGAAAGAGAAGAACAAGAGAUGAAGAUACGAGAGGAGCUGAAGAGAGAACGAGAGGAGAUGAAGAGAGAACGAGAGGAGAGAAGAAAAGAACGAGAGGAGAGAAGAGAGGAACGAGAGGAAUGG